GAAGCAGGAAGCGGCAGACAGUCGGUCUGCAGGCUGACACCUGACAUAGAUCCCCAAAACACGGUCGAAAUGUCGGAUACAAUUUCAAAGCAAGAGAAGAGUCUGGCUCCGUGACAAUGUAUUUCUUCUCAGUGUUUGUCCUUUUGGGGACAGGACUGGCGGUAAACAGCGAGAUUCAUUCCCUCACUUACAUCUACACGGCCUUCUCCAAACCUGUCGACCUACCGGGCAUCCACGAGUUCACAGCCAUGGGUCUGCUCAACGGCAGGAUGAUCGACUACUUUGACAGCGACAACCAGAAGAAAGUUCCCAAACAGGCCUGGAUGAAAGAGCAACUGCCUGAAGAUUACUGGGACAAAGGCACCCAGUCCCGCCAGAGCAAGCAGCAGUGGUUCAGAGUCAACAUCGACAUCCUGAAGGAACGAAUGAGACAGAAUGAAACGGACACCCAUAUUCUCCAGUGGAGGCACGGCUGCGAAGGCGAAAUGAAGGACGGAGAGAUUAAGUUCCGACGCGGCGUGGACAAGUACAGCUACGAUGGAAACGACUUCCUGUCAUUCGACGACGUCAACAGCGUCUGGGUCGCCUCAAAUCCCGCGGCAGUCCAGACCAAGAGAAAGUGGGACGAAGUCCAGGUCCUAAAAGAAUACACCAAAGGCUACCUGGAGAACGAGUGCAUCGAUUGGUUGGGGAAGUUCAUCAAUUAUGGAAAAAAACAGCUAGAAGAAGCCAUUCCUCCGAAGGUGCACCUGUUUACAAGGAACACCAAAGUUGAAGCAAAAAUCCUUUUGACGUGCCUGGCCACAGGUUUCUUACCAAAAGAAAUCACCCUGCGCAUGAAAAGGAACGACCGUAUUCUAACUGAAGAUGACGGAGUUGUGUCCUCCGGUGUUCGACCCAAUGGUGACGAGACCUUCCAGAGAAGAGACAGCGUGGAGAUUUUACGGAGUGACUUGUCUACCUACACCUGUGAAGUGAUCCAUCUGGCAUCCAAGUUACAUGUUGAGGAGGAGUGGGAUCAUAAAGUUCCUGAGGUCUCUGGAGGAAUCAUUGGUGUGGCGAUUGGAGGCAUCGUGUUCGGGAUCCUUCUAACGGUCGGGGUUGGGGUGGUGCUGUUAGUCUUGUAUGGAAGAGGAAUAAUUGGGUCAAGUACACCUGGCAACAGCAGUUCAGAUCAACAGCUUGCUGUAGUUACUCCCUCCAGACCUAACGGGGGUACCAACACUCAGCCAGCCAACGUAAAGAAACCUCUCCUCAGUGACACAGUGGUGGACAUUAACAACGGUAACCCAGGCAACCUGAACAACACUCCCAAUGGCUCAGUUGAAUCUCUCGACAGCAAAGGCUCUCGUACCACUGGUUCCUCUGGUGACUCAACAACACCCCCAGCCCUGAGUCAGGAAGCUCCGGGUAAUGAAGACAAUGAUCAGGUCUAAUGAGACUAAUAACUUUAGUUUGGGAUAUAUAAAAUAAAAAGGGGAAUUUGAAAAUCAACAACAAGUACAUAUAAAAACUAAAAAAAUGCAUCAACUGUCUCCGAAUAAAGGGUUUAGGGGACGGGGUGGAGUUUAGUUUAAUGUUAAUGAAUUUCAAUAUUCAAACAGCAUCAAUGUGGUCUUGUGAUGUAGAACUUUGUAGCUAUGAAAACAAAAGGAUCAGAUAAAAUAUAGUUAUAUAUCGUUUGUCUCAAGUGGCUAAAAGUUAGGCCAGUUUGUAGGUAGAGAUUCAGAAGAAGUGUGACCUGUAAUAAAUGUAAUUAAUAUGAAAUCAGAAUCACCUUAAAGAGACUCCUGAAAGAUCUAAAGUAUGUUUGUAUAGAGAUCUUCAAAACUAGAUCUAUGACAGAAUUAAGGGAAUGUUAUUAGUAGAGGAGACAUUGGUGGAGAUGUUUAUACUUACAUUUUAUACAAAAUUGUUCUCAAAGCUCACUAGAAUUAGAAAAACCAGGGUGACAGCCUGCCUUGGGGGACUUU